UAAAAUACUAGCCCACUGUAGGCUCGGAGCGCAGGGUGUAGAGUGGCACGGCGCAUUCCUGGCGCCUGGACUGCACCUUAGGAACCCUCCCAAACGAACUCAGCAGGCUUCCAGCAAUCUGAUCCCGCUGUCGCCUUCUGCGUUACACGGCACGCGACGUCUGCGGUGUACAUGAUGAGCGUCAAUCCCGUGCCAUUGCUGGGUUCCAAGUUGCGCAAGCAGCGUCGACCCCUUCAUCGAACUUGACCGUUGAUCAUGUGCAGAUCCUUAUCAGGGCAAGAUCGCACUCAGUCUGUAAUGAGUUGUCUCUGCGCAGCUUGACCAGCAACACCGUUCGUAUCCUUCAUGCCUGAGUGCCUCGUUCCUGCGCGACGAGUUGCUCAGUGAAGCUCAGCACUGCUGUCUUCACUCUCUUUGUGAGCGAGCACUGCAAGCUUCUUCUCAUGCCGCCUACCGUCUGAUACCGCCAGUUGACUUGCAGCGAGCCCGAGACAUUUGUCUCUACCCCUCCACUGCCAGCAACAUCACCUCGCAAACCCGAAGUUGACCUCACCUACGCCCAGGCAGGCUACUCCUCCUGACUGCAAAUGACCUAAGCGGACUGUCCUCAUCCUUCGUUCACCUAUCUAACCACUGCUCGCAGCCACCAUGGCCGCGAAUGUCCUGACUCAAGUCGUCAAGAGCGCGUCGUUCUACGCAUUUGGCGUGUUCAAUUGGUUCUUAUACCUGGGUUUCUCUGUGCAGAGUGGCGCCUUUUUCAGAAGAGACUCGGAGCAAGACAAACUUCAAUAUGCCAUUGCUCGAGAUCAGUUCUGGAAUCUGUCUCAAGCGCCCUUCCCAGGCUUCACCCACUUUUUCUACACCCUGCGCAACGAUGUCAAGCUGCACUAUAUCAGCAACCGAGAUGGCCCAUCGUCUGAUAACCUGAUUGUCUUGCUGCAUGGCUUUCCCGACAGUUCAAUGCUUUGGAGAUAUUUGCUGCGGGAGCCAGCAAUGCCAGCCUCAGAAGCCACCAUAGUCUGUGUCGAUUUGCCGGGAUUUGGGGGUAGCGAUAGUCUCAAGGCCUACGACACCGAGGUUUUGGAGGCUCUCACCGAGUUUGUCAUUGCCAUGCGCGACAAGUACAUUUCUUCUGAGGAUUCAGGAUCGCCCAGCACUUACAUUGUCGGACAUGAUUGGGGAUGCGUGCUCGGGUUUCGCCUUGCUGCCGAGGCUCCGUGGCUCGCAGAUCGAUUCAUCCUGACCAACGCUCCAUAUCCGGAACAUGCUUUUGCCAACAAAGACCGUGUUCUGAACUCCGCUUCCAAGAUCUUCAAGCAGUUCAUGCGCUCCCCGCGACAGAACUUCGGCUGCCUCUCGAAAUCGUUCAAGACUCUGAAGCCGUUACUAUGGCAGACCUUCGUGAUGGGCUACAUCUUCGUUUUCAACCUGCCGCCAAUCUUUGUCAAGUCCUUGGGAGUGGGCGGAAAUUAUUCCUUUAUUAGAGGAUGUCAUCGAUUCGCUUACGGCAGAGGAGCGAAGGAAUAUCCAGUCCAAGAAGCCAUGGCGGCAACAUUUGGCCCCAGUCCACAAGAGUGCAAGACAUCGACCGUCCCUAGCUCCAAUGCCGAAGCCGGUGAGACCUACGGUCCUACUGUCCUUGAGCGAGCGAAGUCUCCUGCAGAGGCAUUCUGGAACAUGACGGGCUACUACCGCGAUGGAGCCGCUACGCGACCCUGGGUAAAGUCUCUAGAGACCAUUGCUGAUCUAUACGCACUGGAAGAAAUGGCAUCACGGUCCAGUUCUGUCAGCCGUCGAUCAUCUGUUUCAAACUCGCUGUUUGCGGAACCGGUCAAGGGGAGUUUGAAGGCUCCAACCUACGUACUUUGGGGAGAAAACGACACGGCGUGUUCGAGGCCAAUCUGCUUGGAUGGGCUGGGGGACUACCUUGGCAAAGACAGUGAGGUGACAAUUCUACCGCGAAGUGGUCACUGGACUCCGAUUGAACGAGAAUCCCGCUCUGCGCUGGCUUUGGCCAUUGCCUCGUUUGCUAAGAGACAUGCGGAGCCUGUGCCCAACAUGACGGCCAAUGUCCGCCAAGUGUACCCAGACGCAGUUCUCAUGGCGAAGAAGUGAAGGCAUACUGCCCUCCGAGGCUGUGAGGUUUUGAAUCCAGGAUGAAAAGUCUUUGGAAGGUCAGAAAUGGCAUCAUUGGUGGGAAUGAUUGUUUGUAUUACUAAGGUAUUCUGGAAGCAAAUCAAGCACUGGAGAUGGGUGCUUUCAGAGACAGCUAAGUAGAGCUGGAGUAUCAGUUAAUCUGACAUGCCCGAGGUUCUUCUUCCCUUGCGUCCCGCACCGUGUUAUUCUGCCAAGACCUCUAGGGAUUGACAUUAUCACUCAUGCCCUGCUUCAGGCCACAGUUCUGGCACUGCUGUAGGGGCAGGGUUUGGACACUCUUGGACGGAGGGGAGCAGUGCAUCCAUGUUCCGAGGAUGUGAUACAUUCCCUAUUGGGAUGUCUCUCUUCCUCGUUCCCCCCCUCUCACUCGCCCGCCUAUCAAUGUCGUUGUGAUGAUUGCCGUAAUUCCCCUUUUUCAAGCGGGGGAAUAUUUGGACACUCUUCCAAGAUACCGCCGGCGCCGCGAAAGACAACAAUCAUAUUGAUGUUAACGUCAACGUUAAUGUUGACAUUAGCGUUUGCAACAGUGUUGAUGUGUCGUUUCUGAGAGCCUGCCAACAGCACAGAAACAAGUAGGUAGGUAGA